CGGUCGCCCAGCUACUGUCGCGGAGCCCGCCCGAAGGCCCCCGAGCCCCGGGAACGGAGCUUCCCGCGCAGGGCGCGCGCGCGGAGGAGGGCGCGCGAAGCCUGGACCCGGGCGGCGGCGGGAGGAGCUCGCGGAGGGGGCCAGCCCCGAGCUCCGCCGCCGAGCCGCGGCCCGGGAGGCCUCGGGGCCCUCGCCGUAACUUCUCUUUGGAAGCCCCGGCAGGGCGGGCGCGCGCUCCCACUCGGGCACGCGCGUCCCGGAGCCCCCCUCCCCCCGCCCCCCGCGCGCUCCGUCUAUUUUUCCCUACCGCUUUCGCUCUCACACUCUAAAAUAGGUCAAGGGGUGGAAGUUACACCUGGUACGGCCCCCGGCUCUGAUGCAAAAGCAGCUUUUUCUCCCCGGCUCCGGGAGAGCGUUGCAACUAUUCGGUUCGGUAGAGUCUCCCGCCCCCAUACCGUGCAGAAAGCGCCGGCGACCGUGGCGCUGACAAUGGUCCGCAGAGGGGAGCGGCGGCGAGCCUCUUUCCCACCCUAGUUCUGCCCGCCCUGCGCCCGCCCUCCCCCAGCACGCGGGGAGUCGGGGGCGCGACAGGUCGCUUCGCGCGCUCGGGUCCCCUGUGUCCGGGGUCUGACCGCCUAGGGCUUGUGUUCACUUGAACGACUCAUGCAGAAUUGCUUCAUCGCGUGAAGGACCCCGCUGUUUGAUUUCCCUCCUACUACUUUUCCUUUACAUCACACACCGAGAAAGUCAUGAGCAAAAAUCAUCACUCUCUGAGGGUAGAAACUACCAUGAUUCACAAAGACAAGAAGUAAGUUUCCUGUCAUCACAAGAUGACUCAGCUCCUUCUGCUGUGUACUCUGACCGGCAUUUCUUGGGGGUGGCUCCAUUCCCAGGAUGGAUCAUGAAGCUGCCCAGCUGGAAAAGCAGCACGUACAUGAUGUGUAUGAGGGCACCGCACCUUACUUCAAUGACCUGCAGAGCAAAGCCUGGCCUCGAGUCCGCCAGUUCCUCCAGGAGCAGAAGCCGGGCAGCCUCAUCGCUGACAUAGGUUGUGGGACUGGAAAGUAUCUUAAAGUGAACAGCCAGGUGUAUACCCUGGGCUGUGACUACUGCGGGCCAUUGGUAGAGAUUGCCCGGAGUAGAGGAUGUGAAGUCAUGGUAUGUGACAACCUUCAUCUCCCCUUUAGGGACCAGGGCUUCGAUGCCAUCAUCUCCAUAGGAGUCAUCCAUCAUUUUUCUACAAAACAGAGAAGAAUCAGAGCAAUAAAAGAAAUGGCCAGGGUCUUAGUUCCUGGAGGCCAGCUGAUGAUUUAUGUUUGGGCCAUGGAACAAAAGAACCGGCACUUUGAGAAGCAAGAUGUGCUUGUCCCGUGGAACAGGGCCUUAUGCUCCCAGCUCUUCUCAGACUCCAGCCAGCCUGGGAGAAAACAGCAGUGUGGACAUCCGGAAAGAAGUCAUCCCUACCAUCCUCCUUGUUCUGUCUGUAGCUGCUCUGUUUGUUUUAAAGAGCAAGGUCAUUCCAAACGGUCCCACAGCAUGGACUAUGAACCAGUGAUGGCCAGAGCCUGUUGUGCAAAUAUCUCUGAGGAAGGAGAGGAAGAAAAUGGAUUCUAUAACACAUUCGGAAAGUCUUUUCGUUCCUGGUUUUUCUCUAGGUCUUUGGAUGAAUCAACUCUGAGGAAGCAAGUUGAGAGAGUGAGGCCCCUGAAAACUACAGAGGCUUGGGCCAAUAGCACUAUAUCGAUCCAGCCUUCCAGACACUCCAGUUUAGACUUAGAUCGCCAAGAGCCAUUGUCAACAAGAGAGCAAACUUCAGAUGAAGAUGUGUUUGUGGAGACUUCGCAAAAACAGUUGGAGUGGCUGAGAGCACCAGCCACAAAGAAACAUCUGCGUGGAGGCCAGCAAAGAGAAGUUAGGAGAAAUGGAGAUGGGAAUUUUCUGGAAAGCACCAACACCAAUGCGAAUCAUGUGAAUGCAGGUGAUGUAGAAGAAGGUGACCCUUCUAGUAAAAUACUGAGAAGGAUUUCUGCAGUCGACUCCACAGAUUCCAACCCAGAUGCCACAAUGUCUGUCGAAGAACAACAGCCCGACGUUUUGGAUUCCAGAGCCUUGAUGCGCUAUUACCAUGUGUUUCGAGAGGGCGAGCUCUACGGCCUGCUGAAGGAGAACGUGUCGGAGCUGCAUGUUCUGAGCUCCGGGAACGAUCAUGGCAACUGGUGUAUCAUUGCCGAGAAAAAGGACAACUGCGAUUGACCAGAUCAUGUUAGACAGUUCCUCCAAAAGAUGGACCAUGGUCUUUUCACAGGGUUUGGUAUGGUUACCUGAAUUUGCAUCCAACUUUAUUAUUUUUAAUGCAUUUUUACUUUGCUUUGUAGAGAUGAUGACUUGAUCAUCUUUUAAAUAUUUGGAUGAACACAGAGCCUGGCAUGUAAAGCAUUUGACAAAGGGUAUUCAUAAAUUAUUAAUAUAAAAGAAGCAGCAGUAUAAAAUGAACUUCAAUAUGGUGAGGAUUUUCUUUUCCCUGAAAGGCGAAGUUAAGAUAAAGAUACACGUGUAUCAUUUUUCAGUAUUACACGCAGAUUCUAACAGACAAUUCUGGUUGUUGUCUUUUUUUUUUUUUUUUUUAAUUACUAUUGAAGUAGAGUCAACUUACGACAUACUAGUUUCAGGUGUACAACAUAGUGAUUUGACAAUUCUGUACAGGAUUCUCUUUUUAAGUAUACCUUUUUAGAACAGCAUUUUUAUAAUGAAGGGGGGUAAUUUCUGCUUCUCUGGUUAUACUUUAGACCUGUCUGCAAGAUAACAGGUAAACCUUUUCCGUGGCAUGCAUGUAAAUUGAAUGAGGUGAUAAAUUAUUUUGUUGCCAAGGCCUUCCUCAUACUUCAGAAAAGCCAGAGAUGGUAGAGAGAGACAAGUUGUUACGAGGACUUUUCUAAAUGGUAAGCAAACUUGCUUCCAAAUACGUAAAUGACAAGGCUUUCAGCGUUGCUCAGAAGGUUUUUAAAGGCACCGUCAGCAGGUAGGGAGUGCUAUGUGUAGGUAUCAGAAGUUGUUGCAAGUACCCCAGUGGUAUCUUUCUGACCUUAUUCGAAGCAGGAAUGUCUACUUAGGAUAAGACCAAGAUUGACUAAGGAGCUUUCAUCUAGAAUGAUGCUUUUCUUAUGAACUGAAGGAAUACUUAGGAAAUGAGAAUCUGGUUGAAGCGGUUUUAUUUUGGCUCUCAAUAUAAAUGGAUGGUAAAGGGGCAAGUUUUUGUCCUUGACAGAGGAUCUGUUGUUGGAUUUUUAAAAAUCUGGGCAUUUAUCUUACUGCAAGCCACAUUUUAUUAGCCAUAUUAGGGAUUUAGGCAGAAUUAAGUCCUACGAAUGAAAGGCUGCAUUUCUGACACUCUGUAGACAAACAGAUUAGAUGUUGUAUGGUCACUAUGCCUGUUCAGAUUUAACCUUGGGUCUGUUUAAGUCCAUGGGGGAUCAGGCGACAGAUAUAAUCAGGAGUCGACAUUUGACAGAAGCCUUUUUAAUUUAUGGACCUCUGUAAUCCUGGACAAAAAUCCAAUUCUUGUUUUGUAUAACAUUUCAUCUGUCUUGGGUUCUUCUUCCUGCAGUGAUUGUGCUCCAUCUUGAAAUACGAUGCCACUUUCAAAGAAGCGUAAGGGAUUAUUUUUAAUGUUUAUCUGAAAAUGACUGAUGUAUAGAACUCUCUUUUGGCUCUAAAAUAAGACCACAUCAUCACCUUUUGGGUUGGUGAGGUUGUCUGGUAGAAAUGACACGUGGGAUUUGUAUUGUUCAGUGCACAGUCUGCACUGGAGGGGCAAUGAAAACAGACCUAGAAGUGGGAUAUAAAUUAAUUUCGUGUCUUCCAUUAAGUUAGGACAUUAAACAUGAGUAUAAGCGGUUUUCUUGGUAGAAAGAAAAUCUUCUCAGAGUUGGAGAAGUUCUUACAACGAAGGCUUGAUGGCCUUUUUGUUAUGAGUGGAUUUUUCCUCUCCCUGAAGCUUGUUGUCACAUGCAUCUUUAAUCCCAGGCUUCUGCUAGAAAUCUGCUUGAAGUCCUCUCUUUCUGGUGGUAGUGUGCCACUUAUACAGAACCCGGUUUAUCAGAGUGCACCAAAAAAGCUUUGCGCUAAGCUGUGUGAGCGACCACCUACGCAUACACCCUUCUUUACGUAAGAGGAUUCUCUAGAAUGGUUCUUGAGAAAGAGUUUCACAUAAUUUUGACAGGACUGUAAAUAAGAAGCCACUUAAUAAUAGCAAUCUUUCGUUCUUCAUCUGCUGAGCACAAGAAUUCUAUGCAUCCAGACAUUAUCUUGUAUGCAAAUACUGAACUCUGUGGCUGAUAACCUCUCUUUGGUAUAUUCAUGUGAAAAGCACUCUUAACUCUAACUUCUGCAUUUGGAGAUAUAUACAUAUAUGUUGUUGAAGAGCCAAGCUAAUGUAAAUAUCAUAAUCAUUUAAAAAUCUUGCUCUUCAUUAAGGAUUGUCCUCCAAAGGAAAUACAAGUCAUAAGCGAGUGUAAGCAUACACAGUUUACUUAUGAGUGUUCAGUCUGCCUUAACUUGCUUAAUUAUAAAUUUUGCUGCUCUACCUGAAGUAAUAUGAAAACUUGGAUGCCAUUAUUAAUACUGUAUCAGUUUCUUUCCUGUUCACUGACGGCCCUACAGAGUCCCACUAUCUGAAGUAACCGGAAAUGUCUGGGAGAUUACCGGAAGGUUCUUCCUUAAACACCUCUGCUGGCUUACUGAUGCCUCGCUGACCUAUUUAAGGAUUACAUGCAAACAGGCAAAUGAUUUGGGGUAAACUGCAUUAACAUGAGGGAAAGAAUGCAAUCAAAAUAUCAUUAUAGUGGGAAUCAUGCGUGUGACCUAUGUAAAUUAUUUUUUAAAUUGUCACUAGAGUGUCAUGUAACUACCAAACCAUGCGACGACUAUCUCAGAUUAUCUUAUUGGUCUGGUCUUCCUUACUUAUCACACUGUUCUGUGCAGGAUGGUGUAGGAUUCUUAUGUCUAGUUUUCCCUUCUGUUUCUUCCAAAUUCUAGAUGGCAGUCAAGAAUUCCUCUGUAUUUUAACUGACCAUCAAUUGAAUGGGCAAAACUUGGAGGUAAUCCAGAGAGAAAACAAUUCACAUGCAAAUCAUCCAGGAACAUUAAUGUCAUUGCCUAUUAAUGGCCACACAAAAAAAUAAGCACUGAUUUUUUUUUUUCAAAAUAAAAAUAAAUGGGUUUGGAGGAGGACAGAGGGACUAAUUGAGUUGUUGAAUUUGGUCGGGAGCUGUGAGCACUUAGUUUGGAAGGGAUGGAGGCAUGGAGGUCUAACUACUGGCCAAGCAGACACAUCCUAGGAAAUACAAAUCAGGGCAGGCCUGAGCUUUUCUCUGCUAUCGUGUAGAAAAUAUGAAAUGAUAACUAUAAAAGCAGCUAACUUUUCCUAAAAUCUAACAAUUAUUUUAUCUGUAAUCCUCACCACAGCCCUCUGAGAUAAAUAUACUUAUGGUUUCCAUCUUGCAGAUAAGGAAAACUGAAGCAUAAAGAAAUUAAUUGCCUAGUAUCACAUGCGUAGUUAGUAUCAUACAUCUAGUAAGCGGCAGGGUUGAGAUUCAAAAGCAGGUAGGCUGGCUCCCAGCCUGAGCUCGCAAGCACAACACCAUAUAUGCCCAGUCAUGGUCAAGGCAGAUUAUAAGAGCCUUUCAAGGUAAAUGUGAUUAACCUCUUUACAAAUGAACUUCAGCAGAGUUAAGCAAUGAUUUCACAGUUACACAAUAAUUCGACAGCAAUCCCUUACAUAGUUCCCCCACCUUUACACUUAUUUUUUUCAUUUGUGAGUCUGUUUCAAUUUGAUUUUAAUUAAAAAAAAAAAGUCUUUGGUCACAAAAUGCUCUGUGAUCACGUCUCUUCAACUCUUCCCACCCUUCAAUCACUGCAUUACUGUUUUUCCAUUUAUAGGUCAGAAAAGGGAGGCUAUUCAGGGAGGCUCCUUUUAUUUGUUGACUGCACCCUGCUCUGUGCCAGAUACACGGGAUAUAAGGCAGUGCAGGUCAGGUAGGUGUGUUGAGUAUACGCAGGGCAUUAAAAUUAAGUGACCUGAAAGUGCCAGGCUGGAACAGUUUUGUGUUUGUUGUAUACCUACGACCACGUUGUACUGUUUAGUUGAACUAAUAUAUGAAACCCCCUCUUAAAGAAUCACCACGCGUAUCAGCAUAUGUAAGGCCUACCCUAAAGUAAUCGUGGACUUAACGGAGCUUGCCCUUGGCACAUGAACAUCCUCCAACACAAGCAUUCUGAGAAGCAUAUUUAAGAAAAUAAUGUGUCCGACAGAAAAAAAAUGCAGACUCCUUCGGAUAGUAUCCAGGCUCUUUGUAAACUGCCAACUAUUUUUCAGCCUGAUCUCCUGCGGUCGCACCCACUUUUUUCUGUUCUGCAAUCUGCUGCUUUAAACAACCUCUUUAUUAGAAAUUAUAUGACGACAAGUAAUUAACGCAUCCCCUAGAUAUAAACUUGGAUUUCACAUGCCAUCAUUGUAAUCCUUCUCCAAAGAAAAACGCGUGGCAUGGGCCUCACUCCACCAAUUCAAAGGGCAUAUGAGGUAAGUGUUAUCACACACCCAUCCAGCAGAUGGAAAAACCAUGGGAGCAGAAAGGCGUUAACAGCGGCUUCCGCAGACCCCAAACCAGAAUGUUCCCCUCCUCUUUUCCCAGCCUUGACUCAAAACUAUGAUUACCGGUUUUUCACUGUACACACUCCCUAUCAAUUGUCCACAGAACUGGAGCAGGGACAUUUGAAAAGACCUCUCACCAACCAAGAACGGAAAUUACAAUGCAGAUAGAAAGUACUCAGGCAUGGCAUGGAACACACACACACACACACACACACACACACACACACACACACAGAAACCUAAGAGAGCUGAUCGAAGAGAAAAUACUGAUUUGUCCUAUUUUUGAUUCCCCAAAAAUUGGGUCCCCCAAUAUGGGAUGCAUUAGUAGGAACGUCAAUCCUUUCAUAUUCUGUCCCCCUCUGGACGCAAGUCUUCCUCAGGUGACUAGGCACCUUGAUGGCCUAUCUGGGUGGGAUUAGGGCUAACAUGCCAUCCAUAUGCCCAAUCUGAUGGGUCACUUGUGAGAACCGAUUGUCAAACUGGAUCCCUCAUUUGGCAAAUAAAUACAUAUUUUGUCUCUUCUUCUACUGCAGCUGGGAAAAAUAAAGCUUACCUCAACCCAAUUAAUUCAUAGUUAAUCCAUAUAAAACAAUCUAUUUUCUCCACGCGAAACUGCUUUUCUCUGGAGACUACCCCCACAUAGAAAAGAUGGUGGGUUACCACGGUUAACCUGUCUCCAGGGUCACUGAAGAAGUGACAUUUAUAUUUACACUCACCCUGCAAGGAAUUUGGUUGAAUGACCAGCAUUUCUGUAAUGAGCUAACCAUACCACUUCCAUCAGAUUUUCUAGUAACGUAGGUAGAGGGACUCCAUUAGGGAAGGACUCACUCCAUUCUGAAGGCUCACUAGCGUCACUCUAGUGGAGGUUCUGAGAAAACUACACAUGUGAAAACUGACCCAUUUUCUUUAGAUGUUCUUCUAAGUAUGUGUUCUGUAAAUGUAUGUGUAUACAUAUUUAGUGUUAGUUGUCAAUAGUGACCAAGAAAAAGUAGUCCUCGUACUUGUUCAAACAUUAAAUUAUCAAUUACCGUAGAAAUGCAUUUCAUUAAUGGACUUUUUUUGUUUCAGGGAAAUUGAAAAAUAAUUGUUAAAUAUUGCUGUGCUUCUUCUGAUGUUGGCAUGUCUAUUUGUAUCAAAAGUGCAAAAACUUUUUUUCCUACAGUUAAAAUUUAGGUUUUCCCAGAAGCAGCUAGCAAUAGUUUUACAAGCACAAACUGAUGUAAAAUAUCUUGACUGUUGUAAUAAUCUGAAGAUCUUUUAUUUGCAUUAACCAAUGAUGUUUAGAAUUUUUUUUGAAAUCAUUAUUUAAAACGGUGUAAUUUGUAUGCCUAUGACAUAUAUUAGGCAGUUUAAAUUAUGUGUAAGGGUACUUUUAAAAACUGUUACUAGAUGACCAAAAUUUUGCCUUUUAUCUCCACUCUGAGUGUGACUGGACAGGCCUUGUCCCCCGUCAACUCAGCUAGCCACCUCUCCUUAUACUUCAAAAGAAUCGGGCAGAUUCGUAUUUGAAUUCUAUUAUUGUCCAAAGGAAGCGACACGAACCAUUUAAUAAGAGAUGGUCUUGAAAGGGUCAGUAAAAGAAUAUCAUUGACUAAAAAACCAUCUUUUAAGAUGAAUAAAAAUGUGUUAGACUA